CAGACCCGCCAAAAACAAUACCUCCAUUUUUCAUGGAGGUAAAAAGACUUUUUCGAGCGUAGAGUCCUAGCUAUAGGCAAAGUGAACUGUAUUGCUGGACAGAUCUAGAGUGAUGCCGGCUACUAAAAACCAGUUCUUCUGGUGUACGUACGCAAUCACUCUCUUCCCCAAGCUUCUCAGAAACCAGAAGACCACUUGAGAUCAAACAGGUGGAACCAUUUGACGCUUUACUGUGGUGGACCAAACAGUAAUAGACUUGCACCCAAAGACAUCUGUAGUGACGUGGUAUAAGGAAGAUCAAGGAUUGACGGAAACCAUUCCAGACAUCAUUGCUGGUAAAUAUCUUGAGGGUUCUUGUGACAGAUAGACGAGAUGGCCAGUGGUGAAGACGGGAUGGAUGACAGCGUAAGUCUCACCAAGAACAGCGCUGGAGAAGUCUUACUCGAAGACAAGAAACAUUGGAAGAUACUAUCGGAGUACUUGAAGGAGAAGGAUGAAAACUUGCUUGUGAGUCUUCGCGAAGAAGCCCCGAGUGAGGACAAGUCAGGUUGCCAUCAGUUGGAGGUUCUAAACGAGUGGAGGAAGACGGGAAAGUUGUGUGACUUCGCGCUACUUGUCGGCGAUCGGGAGUUUCCUUGCCACGUGGCCGUCUUGUCGGCAAGUAGCAACCACUUCGGCUAUCUCUGCCGUUACUACAAGGAGGAUGCAACUCCUGAGGAAAAGCGGUAUGGCCCAAUGGAUGAUGAAUUUUCGGCAGACAUCAUAAUUCAACUGCUGGACUUCUCAUACACGGGGAGAGUACAGAUGACGUACGAGACUGUGGAUGACUUGUCCAUGGCCUGCUUUCGGUUUCAGUUCAAUCGCCUGUUGGAAAUUGCGCCUGAUUCAUUUCACGAAAUCUGGAAAACUUAAUGUAAAGGUGAUGAAACUUGCUGACCAGGACUACUACCUAAUGGAUCUGUCCUACUCAUAUCUACCAAAUUAGGCACAAUUCAAACCAAGAAUUCUGAGAUCUCAUACCUCCAUGAAAUAUGUAGAGUUUAUGUAAUGGUUUUGUUUCAUUGAAUAUGGAAAUAAGGUGGCAAUUAAUAUAAUGUAGUUUAAUUUAUGGUGUUCUAAACUCAACUUACAAUAUUUUUCUUGUAUCCUUUCCUUUGGCAGUAUUUCAUUUGAACAUCCUCAUUUAUACUUCCUCAUUAAUUAUGCAAAUCACCUCUAUAUUAACAUAAUAUAUGCAUAGUGUUGUUAAUAUUUAAGUAAC